UAUUGAGAAUUACAAUACUAAUCAACCAAAACAUAGCAGCAUUAAGUCAAUUUGGAUAGUUUAAAAAUGGUGGCGAACACUAAUUCGGUAGCGGUGGCAUCAGAAUAAAAUCACGGCGGUUGUGAAGAAGCAUAAUAUCCAACCAUGACCAUUUUGUCAAAACAUUCAUACACUUUCAAACAAGACAGGAGACUUUCUUUCUUCUGGGUAGGCAUGGCAAAAAUUCUCGGUGGGGCGGGUAUCCACGGGGAUUUACCCGCUGGAACGGAUAUGGGGAUGAUUUUUUACCCGUAGAGACGGACCCGUAGAGGUCCCCGCCCCAUAGGUGACCCGUUAAAUCUCUGUAUAUAUAAAAAGCCUAAAAUACCCUUAUAUAUAUAACAUAUAUGCAAUUAACCCUAGCCGUCAUUCCCCCAAUUGAAAUCUUGCUUCAGACUCUUCACCCUCAGCCAGUCAGCCUCUCCUCUGUGUCCUCUCAUGACGCACGCCGCUCACCGCCGACCGCCACCUCCCAGCCCCUCACCACCACCUCCCACUCCCUCAGUCCCUCAUCGCCACUUGUCGAGGUCAUGGUCACGCUCACCGCAGCAGGGAGUGCGUCUUCGCGUCGAAGCCUCUUUGCGUCGGAGCCUCUUCGCGUUGGAGCCUCGCCGUGUCUUCGCCGGUCGUCGCGUCUUCGCCAGUCGUCGCGGGUAAAUCUCCAGUCUUCACUGUUCUUCGUUGGUCUACACGUCUUCUCCGUCAGUGUUACAGUAGCAUUGUUAUCUAAAACGGAAGAAAUUGGAGUGCAUUGAGCUGACAAGUGGCAAUGAGGGACUGAGGGGGUGGGAGGUGGUGGUGAGGGGCUGGGAGGUGGCGGUCGGCGGUGAGCG